UGCCGCUGGACUGCCACCAGUCGCCAAGUCUCGGGGGCACGCGGAGCAGAGGUGGAGCUAGCAGCGACCCCGGCGCUUGACCCCAGGGCCCGCGAUGGCGGCGCCGCCGACAGGCCAGGCGCAGGUAUCUGUGACCUUUGAUGAUGUGGCCGUGAUAUUUACCCAGGAGGAGUGGGGGCAGCUGGACCCGGCCCAGAGGACCCUGUACCAGGAGGUGAUGCUGGAAAACUGUGGACUCCUGGUGUCUCUGGGGUGUCCUGUUCCUAGACCUGAGCUGAUCUACCAGCUGGAGCACGGGCAGGAGCUAUGGAUGGUGAAGAAAGACCUGUGUCAAAGUACCUAUCCAGGUGACAAGGGAAAGCCCAAGACCAUAGAACUUACCACUUGUGAACCAGCCCUGAAUAAGUCCCCUGAGGGGCCCUUAUUCCAGGAACUAAAACAGGGAGACCCAGGGAACUUCCAGCUGAGCCAAACCAAGGAUCAGGGUGGCCCAUCAGAAAUGCAGGAAGGACACUUGAGACCAGGGUUAGAACCCCAGAGGGAGAAGCUCCCUGAGAAAACAAGCCCUGAACAUGAUGGUUUAGGGAUAGCUGAUGGUGUAUGUACUGUCCAUAACCAUGACUCAUGUGGAUCAGGUAAAGAUUCCAUGAUUCAUGAAGAGGAAAAUACGUUUAAGUGCAAUGAAUGUGGGAAAACUUUUAAUAAGAAGCACCUUCUUGCCGGACAUGAAAAGAUUCACUCUGGAGUAAAGCCCUAUGAAUGCACUGAGUGUGGGAAAACAUUUAUUAAGAGCACUCACCUCCUCCAGCACCACAUGAUCCACACCGGGGAGAGGCCCUACGAGUGCAUGGAGUGUGGGAAGGCCUUCAACCGCAAGUCCUACCUUACACAACACCAGCGGAUUCACAGUGGAGAGAAGCCUUAUAAGUGUAAUGAAUGUGGAAAGGCCUUCACCCACCGCUCCAAUUUUGUCUUGCAUAAGAGGAGACACAGUGGAGAGAAAUCCUUUGUGUGCAAAGAAUGUGGGCAAGUCUUUCGACAUAGGCCAGGAUUCCUUCGACAUCACAUCAUCCACAGUGCCGAGAAUCCCUAUGAAUGCUUUGAGUGUGGCAAGGUCUUCAAACAUAAGUCAUAUCUUGUGUGGCACCAGCAGACUCACACCGGAGAGAAGCCCUAUGAAUGCAGUGAGUGUGGUAAAGCCUUCUGUGAGAGUGCAGCCCUCAUUCACCACUAUGUCAUCCACACUGGGGAGAAGCCCUUUGAGUGCCUAGAGUGUGGGAAAGCCUUCAACCACAGGUCCUACCUCAAGAGGCAUCAGAGAAUUCACACUGGGGAGAAGCCUUUUGUGUGCACUGAAUGUGGAAGGGCCUUCACUCACUGCUCUACUUUCAUCCUGCAUAAAAGGGCCCACACGGGAGAAAAACCCUUUGAGUGCAAAGAGUGUGGGAAAGCCUUUAGCACUAGAAAAGACCUCAUUCGACACUUUAGCAUCCACACUGGGGAGAAGCCCUUUGAGUGCUCAGAGUGUGGAAAGGCCUUCAACCGCCGCUCAGGGCUCACAAGGCACCAGCGGAUUCACAGUGGAGAGAAGCCCUACGAGUGCAUGGAAUGUGGGAAAUCCUUCUGCUGGAGCACAAACCUCAUUCGACAUGCUAUUAUCCACACUGGGGAGAAGCCCUAUAAGUGCAGUGAGUGUGGAAAAGCCUUUAGUCGCAGCUCCUCCCUCACUCAGCAUCAGAGGAUUCAUACUGGGAGAAAGCCUGAAGAAAAUAUCUUUAAAUGCAAUGAAUGUGAGAAAGUUUUUAACAAGAAACGCCUCCUUGCUCGACAUGAGAGGAUUCAUUCUGGAGUGAAGCCCUAUGAGUGCACCGAGUGUGGGAAAACAUUUAGUAAAAGCACUUAUCUCCUUCAACACCACAUGGUCCACACAGGGGAGAAGCCCUAUAAGUGUAUGGAGUGUGGGAAGGCCUUCAACCGUAAGUCACACCUUACACAACACCAACGGAUUCACAGUGGAGAGAAGCCUUAUAAGUGCAAUGAAUGUGGAAAGGCCUUCACCCAUCGCUCCACUUUUGUCUUGCAUAACAGGAGCCACACUGGAGAAAAACCCUUUGUGUGCAAAGAAUGUGGAAAAGCUUUCCGAGAUAGGCCAGGUUUCAUUCGUCACUACAUAAUCCACAGUGGUGAGAAUCCUUAUGAAUGCUUUGAGUGUGGCAAGGUAUUUAAACACAGAUCAUACCUCAUGUGGCAUCAGCAGACUCACACUGGGGAGAAGCCCUAUGAGUGCAGUGAGUGUGGUAAAGCCUUCUGUGAGAGUGCAGCCCUCAUUCACCACUAUGUCAUCCACACUGGGGAGAAGCCCUUUGAGUGCCUAGAGUGUGGGAAAGCCUUCAACCACAGGUCCUACCUCAAGAGGCAUCAGAGAAUUCACACUGGGGAGAAGCCCUAUGUGUGCAGUGAGUGUGGAAAGGCCUUCACCCACUGCUCUACUUUCAUCCUGCAUAAAAGGGCCCACACUGGAGAAAAACCCUUUGAGUGCAAAGAGUGUGGGAAAGCCUUUAGCAAUCGUGCAGACCUCAUUCGACACUUUAGCAUCCACACUGGAGAGAAGCCCUAUGAGUGCAUGGAGUGUGGAAAGGCCUUCAACCGCCGCUCAGGGCUCACAAGGCACCAGCGGAUUCACAGUGGAGAGAAGCCCUACGAAUGCAUGGAGUGUGGAAAAACCUUCUGCUGGAGCACAAACCUCAUCCGACACUCUAUUAUCCACACUGGAGAGAAGCCCUAUGAGUGCAGUGCAUGUGGAAAAGCCUUUAGUCGCAGCUCCUCCCUCACUCAGCAUCAGAGGAUUCAUACUGGGAGAAAACCUGUCAGUGCAACGGAAGUGGGAAGACCCUUCACGAGUGGGCAGUCGUCAGUCAACCUCCAAGACCUUCUGUUGGGGAAAGAUUUCUUGAAUGUAACCACUGAGGAAACCUCUUACUCAGAAUCUGAUCAUUCAUACCAAAAAGAAACUCCUCAGUUUCCUUCCCUAUGAGAAACCCUUCUGUUGCAAGAUAUCAUUUGUCAUCUAAGGAGUCAUACUGAAAAUUUACCCAGUCUAGAGCCUUAUUCUACAUCUGAGAACUCAUCCAGAGAGGGACUCAGUGAUUAUAUGCACAUAGGAAAACCUUCAGCUACAUAUUUUUCCUUAAUUUACACUGCAGUAUUAUCUCAGGAAUUCUUUUUUUUUUUUUUUUUUUUUUAAAGAAAGGAGACUUAGAAUGAACAGCAAACACUUUUUUCCCCCCCAGAUAUCCUUGCCAAGCCUUUGGCACUUUGUCAUGGAGUCUCUAGUUUACUUGGCAGGAGGAGGGUUUUGUUUUAGCAGUAAAGGACCUAGACUUUUAUGUGUUGUGUAUAUGCAUUCAUUGUCCAGUGUCAGGAGAGUUAGACAAUUGAGGGCAGAUUUGGAAACUUUUAUGAACAUCUUCUUUGUUCUAAAACAUUGUCUCUGUUUAAGGAGCUUAAUUUUUUUUGAGAACUAUAAAGGCUGGACCCAUCAAACACCUUUAUAUUUGAGGACAUAAAAAUACACAUAGGAAUGCAAGCCCAUUUUAUUGCACCAUUUAAGACUCUUUAAGACUCUUUUAAUCUUCAUGUGGUUUUAAAGAGAUGAUACUUAGACUUUUUCUUGUCCUUUACGAUUGGUUUCCUUGAUUGUUGUAAUUAAGUGUAAAUCCUCCAGCUGUAUAAAAUGAUUUCUAUUUUUUUUAAAUUUAAACCUAAUUUAGCACUCUGUAUUACUUUGAACUUCACAUAAAGUUUUGGAGAAGCCUAUUUUUAUGAAGAAAAUCUAUGGAAUUUCUAUAGAAAUUGGGUUAAAUUAUCAGAUCAGUUGAGGAUUGGCAUCUUUACAGUGUUAACUCUUCAAUUUAUGAACACAGGAUGUCUCUAAGUAUUGCUUGAUUUACUUCAUCACUGUUUUAUAGAUUUCAAUAAUAGGUCUUGUAUGAAUUUUAUAAGAUUUGCAUCUAAAUGUUUUUUCUUUUAUUAUAAAUGGCAUUGACUUUUAAACUUUCAAUUUCCACAUAAGUUUUGGUAGUAUACAGAAAUGUAAUUAAAUUUUGGAUGUCAUUAUGGUAUCUUGCAACCUUGCUGAACUGUAGGCAUUUAUUUGUUUUGGUAGAAUGCUUGGGGUUAUAAAACUUAAAAGUAUCAUUUGCAAAUAGACAGUUCUUUUUUUUCCUCAUCAUAUAUAUACCUAGUAUUGUCUUUUCUUGUCUACUAGCUAGGAUUUCCAAUAUGUUGAUCAGUAGUAGUAAGAAAGAAUAUCCUUGUCUGGUUUCUGAUAGUGGGAAAACACUUUUUCAUCAGUAUGAUGUUAGUAUAAGUUUUUUUUUCUUUACAGAAUUUUCUUACCAAGUUUAGUAAGUUUCCCAUAUUCCUAAUUUGCUAUUUUUUUUCUGUUAUUGUGAAUGGGUGUUGAAUAUUACCAUAUACUACUUCUUUACCAAUUGAUAGUGUUUUUUCUUCUGUAGCUUGUUGAUAUAUUACAUUGAUUUGAGUUUUGAAUGUGGAACCAGCUUUGUGUUCUUGAAAUAAGCCCUACGUGGUUGUAGAGUAUAAUUACUUUUAUAUAUUGUGUUACAGUAUUUAAUAUGCUAGCAUGUUGUUGAGGAAAUCUUCCUCUAAUUUCAUGAGUGGUAAUUAUAUGCAGUUUCCUUUCUUUUGUUCUUUUUUGUUUGUCUUUUAUCUUUGUUUCGUACUGUCAUUGGUUUUGGUGUCUAGGUGAUAGUGGCCUCCAAGUAUGUAUUGGGAGUGUUCUAUAAUGUGGAAGAUAGUGUCUACAAUUGCUUUCAUUUGUUUUAUAAAUGUU